UUUUGGCCCUAUAAGCUUCUGAUAUUCCAACUGUUAAUAAUUGCUGAUAGAAAGCUGGGGCUGGAACUAGAGGUAGAGUAGGCGCGCGUCCCGCCUAGGGAGGGAUUUUUGAAACCCUGGUCUCUUUUGCCUAUAAUAGUUUUUCAAUUUUAUAAAACGCCUGUUCCAACCCCCUCUUACCCGUGAUUCGUACUGCGGGCAGAAGCUCUCCCCACCUUCCUCUUGGCAGCUGCUGGCACAUGUACAUAUCUGGGGGCAAUCUCUUGGCUGCUGCUGCUGCUGGCACAGGUGGGUUUUCUGACAGGAAUUAUGACUGGAGCUCAGAAGAGGAGGAGUAUGAGAAGAACGCUCACCCAGUUCAGGUCCUUGUGGUUAAAGAUGACCAUUCCUUUGAGUUGGAUGAGGCAGCACUGAACCGUAUUUUGCUCUCAGAAGCCGUCAGGGACAAGGAGGUGGUCGCUGUGUCAGUAGCUGGAGCAUUUAGAAAAGGAAAAUCAUUCCUGAUGGACUUUAUGCUGAGAUAUAUGUACAAAACGGAUACAGUUGAUUGGCUUGGUGAUUAUAAUGAGCCACUGUCCGGUUUCUCCUGGAGAGGAGGUUCUGAACGGGAAACCACAGGAAUUCAGAUAUGGAGUGAAAUCUUCCUGGUAGAGAAUCCUAAUGGUAACAAGGUGGCAGUGUUACUUAUGGACACCCAAGGAACCUUUGAUAGUCAGUCUACACUCAGAGAUUCUGCUACAGUAUUUGCCCUGAGUACUAUGAUUAGCUCCAUACAGGUGUACAACUUGUCCCAGAAUGUGCAGGAAGAUGACCUACAACACUUACAGCUAUUUACAGAGUAUGGAAGGCUGGCGAUGGAAGAGACCUUUUUGAAACCCUUCCAGUCCCUUAUCUUUCUGGUACGUGAUUGGAGUUUUCCAUAUGAAUUCCCUUAUGGUUCUGAUGGAGGCACUAAGUUUUUGGAAAAGCGCCUAAAGGUCUCUGAGAACCAGCAUGAAGAACUGCAGAAUGUGAGAAAGCACAUCCACUCCUGUUUCACAAACAUCUCUUGUUAUCUCAUGCCACAUCCAGGCCUCACUGUAGCAACAAACCCAAACUUUGAUGGAAAACUUAAAGAAAUAGAUGAAGAAUUCAUAAAGAAUUUAAAGGUAUUUAUUCCAUGGCUUUUGAGCCCUCAAAACUUGGAUGUCAAAGAAAUCAGUGGAAACCGAAUUACUUGCAGAGGUCUGGUGGAGUAUUUUAAGGCUUAUAUAAAGAUUUAUCAAGGUGAAGAAUUGCCACAUCCCAAAUCCAUGUUGCAGGCCACAGCUGAAGCCAACAAUCUUGCUGCUGUGGCGACAGCAAAGGAUUUGUACAAUAAGAAUAUGGAAGAGGUAUGCGGGGGCGACAAACCUUUCUUGGCACCCGCUGAUCUGCAGCAGCGACACCAGCAUCUGAAAGAAGAAGCAGUGAAGCUGUUCCGUGGGGUAAAAAAAAUGGGAGGAGAAGAAUUCAGCCGCCGUUACCUCCAACAACUGGAAAGUGAAAUAGAUGAGCUAUAUGUACAGUAUAUCAAGCAUAAUGACAGCAAGAACAUAUUCCAUGCCGCUCGCACUCCUGCAACUCUCUUUGUGGUCAUAUUCGUCACUUACGUGCUGGCGGCUGUUACUGGUUUUAUAGGUUUGGACAUAAUAGCCAGUCUGUGCAACAUGAUAAUGGGACUGACUCUUAUCACACUGUGCACCUGGGCAUAUAUCAGAUAUUCAGGGGAAUACAGAGAGUUGGGAGCAGUAAUAGAUCAGGUGGCAUCAGCUCUGUGGGACCAGGGAAGCACCAACGAGGCGUUAUACAAACUAUACAAUGCUGCAGCCACUCACAGACACUUGUAUCAUCAGGCUUUUCCUGUGCCACAGGCAGACGCUGGCGAAGAGACAGAGAGAAAACACAUAUAGCUGUGGCUUUCAUUAUUCCGUUUCUUUUAUGUGGUUCACUGAGGUACCAGUCCCUUUGGAUUAUAAAGACGACACGCUGCAUGAACAUUAGAGUUCACUUCCUGAUAUCUGUACAAAGGACUGACGUUUACUCACAGAGAACAACAACAACACAGGGAGACAAUAAAGCUGCCAUUGUUCA